AAAGAGCGACAUUUGAAAUGAACCAACAAGCAAUAUUACGAAGGGGUUUUAACCAUUGUCAAAACCUGACGUGACCUAACUCGUGGCUUCUACAAAAUAGGACACCGCUUUUUAGUCUUUAUUCACGCAGAGUUUGUUUCUUACGGUGUUGUGUCCUCCUGUUCCAUUAUUUGAGGUUAGAACGGUCAGGUAGAUCGUUGAACAACCUUGAUAUUUAUUUUAUGUAUGCAGCUCGACUGGCUAGCUGAAGCUAGCCUGCCGAGGUAAAGCUUUUAGCUUCGUUCGUUUUAAUCGCUUAUUUUCGGUAUUUAAAGUAAAGCGUUGACAAUAAUUGCAUCUGGAAAUUGUGCACACAUAUUUAGAAUAGACCAUGGAUGCUGCUAGUGGAAAGGAUAUGAAACUGCAAAGGCCUGCAGGGAAGCUGACUACCAGUAACUUGGGUCCAAAGAGAGUUCCGGUGGCUCAAACCACUCGGAAGUCUGGCAACCCAGCGAGCCACACUCCCAAGGUCCUAGGGAUGUUAAACGGGCCACAGCGCAUACAGCGACCCAUGAGCCAGCAGAAGCCCGUAUCGCACGUCGCCACUGUUGUCAAGCCCAGCUAUGCAGCUGAUCAAAACAGGAACCCGGUCACUCCCAACGUUAACCCUGCAAUGCAACAGAAGCCUAGUCUCCAGUCUGGUCAGGCCAAGCCGAAAGCCACAAAAGUUGACCCAGAGCCUGCCAAAAACACAACAGAGCCUUCUAAGAAGAAGCCUUCGCAAAACGAGGCAACCAAGAAGGAAUCUUCAAAUGGAAAUUCAAUAGCGCGAUGGAGCCUGGAGAACUUUGACAUCGGCCGUCCCUUGGGGAAGGGUAAAUUUGGCAAUGUCUACCUGGCCCGGGAACGUCAGACCAUGUUCAUCCUGGCCCUGAAAGUGCUCUUCAAGAAGCAGCUGGAGAUGGCGGGGGUGGCGCACCAGCUCAGGCGUGAAGUGGAAAUCCAGUCUCACCUCAGGCACCCCAACAUACUGCGCCUCUACGGUUACUUCCACGAUGCGUCUCGCGUUUACCUCAUCCUGGAGUUUGCACCCAAGGGAGAGCUUUACGGCGAGCUGCAGCGCUGUGGCAGCUUCAACGAGGAGCGCAGUGCCACUUACAUAAUGGAGCUUGCAGAUGCUCUGAACUACUGCCACUCCAAGAAGGUGAUCCAUAGAGACAUCAAACCUGAGAACCUCCUACUUGGAGCCAAUGGCGAGCUGAAGAUUGCGGACUUUGGGUGGUCUGUGCACACGCCUUCCUCCAGGAGAUCCACGCUGUGCGGCACGCUGGACUACCUGCCCCCGGAGAUGAUCGAGGGUAGGACCCACGACGAGAAGGUGGACCUGUGGAGUCUGGGGGUCCUCUGCUACGAGUUCUUGGUGGGCAAGCCCCCCUUUGAGACAAAGAGUCACGAGGAAACUUACCGCAAGAUCUGCAGGGUGGAAUAUACGUACCCGGCCGUGGCCAAUAUCUGUGCAGAUGCGAAGGACUUGAUUGGCAGGCUGCUGAAGCACAACCCCCUGCACCGACUGCCCAUCCAGGGCGUGCUGUGCCACCCCUGGGUGGUGGAGAAGUCCACCAAAAAACCCACGUCCCUGUCGGCCAGCCCGGAGCCGGAGAAAUGAAUGUUGGUUUGUUUGUCGUGAUGUGGUCGUCUUACUUUCUCGCUUUGGAAACUGUGCAGCUGUCUGAGCUGCUUGUGUGUGUGUGUGUACUGUGGAUCACUUCUUUGUGCCAGACGCUGAUGGCUUGCUUGAUGUCAUAUUGAUCCUUGGUUUGUAAUUAUGUAAUUAUGACUUUUAUUGGCGACUGUCACCACUACUUGAAUAUUACAAUAAAAAUUAUAAAAGACAAAGUA